GAAUGGGGCCCAGACCUUGGUCAAUCGAAAUGUAAACAUAUAUACUGGGAAAAUAAUUUGCGGUUACUAUACCCGGAAAGGCCGUCUACCCAGGGCUCUCAGCGGCCCUGGGCAGCACUGAGGUCUUUCUGCCCGGUGGGCGGGGCUAUAUGCUUGCUUCUGGGACAGGUGCGCGGUGCUCACCUUUUCGGUAAUGAGUUGACGGAAAUCAUGCAGCCCGUCAGUGUUAGCGUGAACACGGCAGACAACAUUUUCCUGCUUGAUACGACUGGCUGCCUUUGAUUGUUGUACUAAGACGCGUAUAUGUGCUACUAUAUAGCACUGGAGAUGUGAACGCGUUCUCUUGCCGCGCCACCCCAUUCGCGGGAACACCUGUAGCCAACCGCCGCCCUUUUGUGUCGUGCGGCGGUCUGUAGUGCAGUGCAAGUCGUGUUCUUGACUGCCGCACCGACAACCAACUCCGGAGGUGGUUUUUUCGUAGCGUUGUGAUUUGUUCAGAAUGUGUCUGACAGCUUUUAAAGCAGUUAUGGAACUGGGAGGGUGCAGAGGAGAGUUGGAGCAAGAUCAAAAGAACAACAAUGAGCAGAAGAUGAGUCACUGUCCAGUGCCAGGAGACUCUGACCACUUGCCAGAAGUGCCAGCACCAGCGACUAUGGGCUACCUGCAUUUGUCCUUCGAAUACCAUAGAGGAAUCUUGAAAAUUCGGGUGUGGCAGAUCAGCGACCUUCUAUUGCCUCCACCCCAGAUCUCGAUGAUCUACUCAAUAUUUGUGAGAACCUACAUGAUCCCAGACCAGGCUAAGAAGACUAAUAGGCAGACAGAGGAUGUUGUAGUGGAUUCCUCCAGUGGGAGACAGUCUGAAACCCCAAAGACAGGCAUCCAGCACAUAUUUACACCAUCCUCCUUCAAAUUCUCUAAUCCACUGCUGUACACAGGGGUGACACCUGACAUUGUGAAAGAACGCAGUUUGCAGUUCGAAGUGUGCAUGACUCAGAAACACUCACACCGCACCUUCCUGAUGGCCAUGGUCCACAUGCCUUUACGGGUGGCUGUACGCAAACCUAUCCGUGAAAAAUACCCCCUCAUUCCAUGCAUGAAUAUCACUAUUCCCAACAACAUGCGUGUGUACAGUGCCAGAGACUUGCAGCUGGAGGUGAGCAAUAACAGGACUGACACUCACACCAGACCCAGCAGACUUGCACCAGAUAAAGACCUGUUUCCCCUCUCAGUUCAGAAUGCACGAGAGACUGAUCUAGAGGAGGUUGUGUCAAUAAGUGGUGAUGAUUUUCUCAGGUCACAUCUUGCACUAUGUCUUGAUUCAGAUGAUGAUGAUGACGCUGGAGUUAAAGAAAAGGGUCAAGAUUUGACAGAAGUGGUGAUCAGUGCUGGCGUUGGAUCUGGAGGAUCUUCAAGCACAACGCUUGACAUGCCAUCAUCAGAUGAGGAAUAUGGCAAGAAAGCUAAUACACCAAAUACUGUGAUCACAACUUUGGCAGUGGAAGAAAGAUCUUCUGUCAGUAUAUCUGCUGUACAAACCUAUCCAUGCAAUGGAUCUAAAAAGAAAAUUAUUCCAAGUGAGUGUCUUAGAAAGAUAGGUUUGGAGGAUGUAAGUGUGACACCGCAGGCACAGGAAAGAUUUUCAGAUAUGAAGACUUCUUUAUCUUCUGAGGAGUAUAAUGCAGAUCUCUCAAGAAGUGAUGUAUCUGAGCAUGUGCGCAAAAAAGUAAUUCCAGACAAGGUUCCUAAUUUUAGGUUAAACUUUCCAAAUUCAGAAGAGAGUUGUGGCGCCAGUAGUGUGGUGUCUCAGCAAACUGAAGAUGACAGUGAGAGCAAAAGUCUCAGAGAGACAGCUAAGAAUAGACACGUAGUAGCAAGUCAAUCAAAUGAAAGUGUCACAAAACUCAGAAAGGUUCCAGAGCUGCAAAAAGAAACAUAUGCACUAGAGGGUGCUAACAAUGCAUCAUUUCAGAAGAUACAAUCCUCUUCAAGCCCGCCAACACCACGCUGCUCUCCAACACUAGAACUUUCUCCAUUUCCACCAUCAUCUCGGCCAGAAACACCAGUGUGGGAUUACUAUGAUUUUGAUGAUGAGGGUGAGCCACAGAUUGAGAACAAUAUUUUGGAGCAUAGCCUUAGAGAACUCCAGCAUAGUUCACAUUCCUUGUCCUUGAAUCCUGUGCUUCCAAUGAUGCUAGAUGAUGAUUUUGACACGCUUGAUGAAGAUAAACCAUCACUCAGACCAUUGUAAUUACUGGCACUAAUUCUAAGAAUCAAAGGAAAUCAAACAGCUCAUGUUGUAAGAAAGUGAUGAAAUAUAAUCAUAGAAAGAUCUGAAUUAUUUUUCCAGAUAAAGAACUUUUAGUUCUUUGCCUCAUUGCAUUUCAUAUCAUUUAGCAUAUAGAUGGAGACAGGAUCUCAAAAUCCAGAUGAAUCUGAAUCUUGAAAUAAAUCACAAAAAUCUUAAAUAUGUUGCACAAGAGUAGACCAUUGUGCCUUAAAACUUUUACUUCCAAAGCACAGACAGGACUGCACUGUUUGUGUAAUUACAAAGUUCAGAGUCCCAUUUUAUUGCUUUCAAGUCUUCAAGUCUGGAUUGUGCCAGAAAUUUUUACGUGAAAGAGUUGUGCUUUUAAACAAGUGAAUUAAUAAGGUCAGAAUAUCUUCUUUAAUCUAGAAGAUUCCCAUCAUGAGUAUGCCUCACAUGUAGAAUGUAGAAAUAUUUUACAUGCUGUACUGUGCUGUGUGUGUGUGUAAGUGAGACAGAGUGGAAGAAUUGUUUAUAAAAGUGUUCAUGUUAACCAGUUGUACCUCAUGUUGUUCAUGAGGACCUUUGCAGCAUAUUUUACCAAAGGCGUGCCUUGGAAUCCUCGUUUCAUGUGCCUUCCUUCUACUGAUGAGUUAAUGGUUUUAUUGACAAGGCAUUUUGCUGAUCUAUGAAUUAAGAUCUGUGUGCAUGCAUACAUGCUUGUAUGCAGGCAUAUGUGUGUGCAUGCAUGCACACAUGAAUUUACACAUGAAUGCAUAUUUUUUAUAAUUUUAUGCAAUUUUGUGUACAUAAUCAAAAAGGCAUAAUUAAACUUUUUAAAAAUAAUGGACUGAUGGGGACAGUUUUUUUUUUCAAGUGUGGGUGAUAAAGCAAUCAGUUGAAGUGAACUUUAUUGUCAGAGAUUCAGAACUGCUUUUAAAGAUGCAAAAUGUUAAUUUUAUUUUAGUUUCUUUAUAUCUAUGAUUUCUGCUUUUUGUUAAGAUAGAACAGUGCUGUAAUGUGGUAAUGAUCGCAGCUGGACAUUUCUGAUCUGCUGGGUAUACUUUGUGCAUGUAUGUGUUUUAAACUUGGCAGAGAGUUGCUUGCAACUGUGUAUUAAUGGUUGUUGUUUAUUCUCAAAUGUGUGGCUAAACACUGGUUCAUGCUGGACUUUUAAAUGAAGACUCUACCCCUUAGGUUCAAUUAUUUUCCAAAAUAUACUUAUACAUCUGUUCACACUAUUCUUUCAAAGGAAGAUUCACAUCAGAUGUUAAUUCUCCAGACACUUGUUCACACUGAAAACCCUAUGUGCUUGCAAGGUAUAUCCAGUAUGUCAGGAAAGCCUAUAGACAUCUGCAACCAUUACACUGUAACUUCAACAAAUUUAUGUUUACUAGAAAAUAAGCAUUUAACUAUUGUAGUGUUGUGCAUGCAAACAUCAGCAUGGAGUUAUA